GUAGCGACAGGACCACACCGGGCGCAAGCCCCGCCCUGCUAUCAUAGAGCACAAGGAUAAAGUCAAAGUUGUUCACCCCGGAGGCCAUUGGACUCAGUUCCUGGCACCAGCACCAUGCCCAUGACACUGGGUUACUGGGACAUCCGUGGGCUGGCUCAUGCCAUUCGCUUGCUCCUGGAAUACACAGACUCAAGCUAUGAGGAGAAGAGAUACACCAUGGGCGAUGCUCCCGACUAUGAUAGAAGCCAAUGGCUGAGUGAGAAGUUCAAACUGGGCCUGGACUUUCCCAAUCUGCCCUACUUAAUAGAUGGAGCGAACAAGGUCACCCAGAGCAACGCCAUCCUGCGCUACAUCGCCCGCAAGCACAACCUGUGUGGAGAGACAGAGGAGGAGAGGAUUCGUGUGGACAUUUUGGAGAACCAGGCUAUGGAUGUCUCCAAUCAGCUGGCUAGAGUCUGCUACAGCCCAGACUUUGAGAAAUUGAAGGCAGAGUACUUGGAGCAGCUCCCUGGAAUGAUGAAGCUCUUCUCACAGUUCCUGGGGAAGCAGACAUGGUUUGUUGGUGAAAAGAUUACUUAUGUGGAUUUCCUCGCUUAUGAUAUUCUGGACCUGCACCUUAUAUUCGAACCCAAGUGUCUGGAUGCAUUCCCAAACCUGAAGGACUUUGUGGCCCGCUUUGAGGGACUGAAGAAGAUCUCUGCCUACAUGAAGAGUAGCCACUUCCUCCGAACACCUCUGUAUACAAGGGUGGCCACGUGGGGCAAUAAAUAGGGCCUUGGCAGGGCAGGAGAAUGAGGAACCUGGGGCUCUGGAACAGUUGAAUUUCCUGUAACCCUGGCACGUCCUUCUUUCUGUCUCCUUUCCGACCCCAGAAUGUCAUGGGUCCCCUUUUCUUUUACCCGAUCCCUGCCCUUUCAAGCCCUUUAAAGCCUCGGCUCCUAGUUUUCCUUCAGCAAAAUGCCCGUCCAGCAUGACUGUCCUGCACCCACUUGACAGCCUUGCCUGCCAGGAGUCUAGAGGAGCCUGAUGUGGAAGGUCAGUCUCUCCCUGGCCUUGUCAGGUACCUAUUGUAAGGCCUGAACCACACUGGCCCUGGCUACUGCACUGCCAGUUUUCACCGCUACCUUCAAAGACUGACCUGAGACCUGGCGAGAUUCUGGUUGGACGAGCAGGGCUUUGGGGCUUCCUGACCCCAUGUGAUAGCCUCACAGCAGGCAGCUGCAGGAGGCUCUGUGGAGCUCAAAGGGAGCAUUGUGGGGUUUAUACAGUUCUCCUGGGUGAGGACCCAGGCUGGUGAGAGUCCCCAGCAGUAAGCCAGAGUCUCUCUGCCACCUAUUUGUAUGGCUGCAUUUUAUAUAUGCUUCCAGGAUCCCGUCUCCUCUGUCUCUGAUGCCUUCGGAGUAUCCUGUCUUGGACACCAGAGAUAGGGGCCAACUUGGUUAAUCCCUUCUCUCUGUGAGGCUCUGUGAAAUAAAUUUCUUCAUGCUUUCAUA